UUUCUUCUUUUCUUCAUUCUCAUUCUAUCAUUUUUCCCUUGCUCGCACGCCAUUUGCUGCUUUUGCGCACAGUCUUUAAUUCACCACCCUUCUUGACACACUACUACAUACUAUGGCUUCUACACAAACUACCACCACAGUGACGAGUCAUGCUUCACCCAUUUUGCCUCUUAACCAUAUGCAUCUGCAAGAGCACCCACAGCACGAGUCAAUAUCACCUAUGUUUGUUGAAGAUGGCAAUUUUACAAUGGAACCAACAGAUGUUACUAUCAAGACUAAUAUUGACCCCCACAAAGAAACCACGACCACCAUAACUAUCGUCCAUCUUCCGUUCCAAGUUUCUCGCCAAUGUCAACCGCCUAAAGUUAUCUCAUGGAUGAAAUCCGACAAGCCAAAGCGGCCAACACCUGUUUCAACACAUCAGUCUGGUCGCCAUCGCAGCCAGAGUAGUCCUGCAAAGUUACAACAUAUCUUUCCAUUCCUAAGUAAACGUAGACGUAAGACGGAUGCUGCUAUCAAGAAGGGAGAUCGGGCAGUGACAUUGUUUUCGAUCCAAGUGACAGUUCUGGGGAAAGUAGUUGUAUCUCCAACAUCACCUACUACGUCCUCCUCUCCAGCAGAGUCAAAAAUGGAGAAUGAUAUAGAGCCCACAAAGACCGUGCCUGCUUGCUUAAAUAAAGCCGAGACGACAUCUUAUGUGAUCCACAGAACAUUCGAGGACUUUGAACGAUUAUCAGAGACAGUACUCCGUUUGGAACACAAGUUGCAAACUCAUCACCAUUACCAUCAUCUUCAUUCCCAUCAUCAAAAAGAUGAGGUGUCUGAAAGCGAGAAUGCAGGACUCAUAGAGGCUGCUCCAUCCUUGACAGCACUUCAUGUCCAUCACCCUCAUCCAGGGCUCUAUCAGAUGUUAUUGAAGCAAAUUUCAAAUGUGAAAGCCAAUCAACGCGCAUUUGAUGCUUCUUCUACAACACAUGGCUUUGAUGAAGAGGGAGCAUUCGAAAGGAUCUUGGAAUUGAAUGAAUACCUUGAAAAGGUAUGGUAUUGGCUCUUGCCGGAGAAUACUCCCCCGCAACUCGAUCUUUCGAUAGAGCAACAGGAAAUUAUGCAGUGGCUCAAGCCUUUACCCCAGAGCGUUCAUCAAGAUGGACGUCAGAUGAGGGAACGAUCAGAGCAAGAGAAGAAGAAGGAACAACCACAAAUCCUACUACCGCAAGGAUCGAUGUCAUCGAUGCGUAAGAAAAAGAGUCAGGAGCAGGAACUAAGCAAAAAGAGAGAGGCAAAGCAAUCACAGCUAUCAGUAAUAUCAGACGAUCUUAGACAUGUAGAAUCGAGUUCUGAACGGCCGUCGUCAAUAUCGUCAAGAUCAUCCCGCUCCUCGACCUCUUCAUCCUCUUCCGCUUCGUCUGCUACUUCUGCGUCUAUAUCGCCGGCCAUACUUAAGAUCGAUCAGGGAAGUACUCACGACCUUGAUCUUCAUGACUCUACGUUCACAUCUUCACCCACCGCACUCAGUCCAUCUGGUUCCGAGUCUGAUUCAAAUAAAGGGAAAAUGGCUUCUGACUAUGGGUCUAUUAAAGUUGCCGAGGGCGAAGAACCGAGUCUAGAGGAACACUCUGCUCCUGCUACAAUGGCAAAACGAGGAAAUCUUUAUCAGCGGCGACGAGAUAACUCUGAUCCUUUGUCAUCUAUCAAAUUAAAUAGACGUAUUUCCCUCAGCAAUGUUGUUCGAUCACUGACGUCUCCAUUGAAUCACCGCCAUCAAUCUUCUCGUCAGCCCAUGUUUGAAUUAACACGGUCGUACAAGAAUGGAAGGUUUUCACCGUCGGCCUCUGCAUCUGAACCCACGAGUCCCACACGGAAAAGUUCAUUUAAGGACGAAAUCAUUAUUUGGAAUAUGGUAACAACCAAAAAUCAUCCAACACAUUAGAGCGACAAAUACAUUAAAUACAAUACAGAAAUAAAAAAUAAAAAAUAGAUGUCC